AGCACAGCAUCUCACUGCGCUUGCUGCCAACCACCAUCCCAAUUCGUAUUCUUUAUUGGAUCACGGUGUCCUCUUUUAGUUUACAUCCACAGCUGCAGGGGGAUAGCCUACAUUCAGGCCAUGCCGCCAGCAGGCUAUGAACCCGUUCCCGAGCAAGGAGACUUGUUUACAGAUGCUACUGACGCACAGCUCCAUCCUUCUAUUGUAAAGCCACCUACUUACUAUGAGGAAGGCCCAUUUGAUCCGCCAAGCUCGGACGAUGAGGAUGACACGUUCUUGGAAAAGGGUGCACCGGACAUGGUAGACGAAGGUGGUUUAGUUGUCGGCGGUCCUAAGAAGCGGCCUUCUUCACUGCGUUGUCUCGUAUUAUCUCUCGUUUCUCUUGUUGCUUUGGCCACUAUUAUAGGCAUAUUUGCGGCAUUUUCCUAUACUGGUACCUCCUACCAGAUACGCGGCACGGAACACAUCACAAUGGACCACAUCUUCAAUGGUACAUUCAGCGCUCAUUCGCAAAGUGUUCGUUGGGUUCCAGAAGCUGGCGACGGCGUGUUUGCAACAACACGUGAUGGGUACAUUGCGCUUGUUGAUUUGAAGUCGAAUACCACUAGAGACCUGGUUGCCAUGGACAACAUUACAGAUGAAGCUGGGGAUAUCAUUGGCUGGGGCAACUGGGAGUUGUCGUCCGACAUGAAUUAUAUGCUUAUACAAGCUGACUUCGUCAAGCAAUGGAGACAUUCGAGCCUUGGAAACUAUUACAUCCAUAACCUAACUUCCCACGAGACAUACCCCUUAAUGCCUCCAACAUAUCCACCAACUACAGUAAUCGCCAAAUGGUCACCAACUGGACAAUCAAUAGCAUUCGUCACUUCCAGUGACUUAUAUAUACUACCUUCACCUGCUCGCGAUGCUGAACCUAUCCGCAUCACUUCCACAGGUAACGCUUCAUUAUUUAACGGGAUCACCGACUGGGUAUAUGAGGAAGAAGUCUUCGCAAGCGCGAGCGCAUUAUGGUGGUCCCCAGACUCAGCCAAACUGGCUUUCCUGUCUUUCGACGAAACCGCCGUCGACGAGUUCACUUUCCCCGUCUAUAAUCCCUCAGACGACUCAUACGCGGUGGUACCAUACCCCGAUCGGGUUACGAUGAAAUACCCCAAACCAGGUUACAAUAACCCCCUAGUGUCUAUUCGGAUAUUCGAGAUGGACAGAUACUUUACAACUGUCGGUGUUGGGCAGGACGAUAGUGUGAAUGUCACAGAGGCUGCGGAGCAUGCGACGUUGGAACUUGAUUGGGGUGGCCGGCAACCAGAGAACAAUAGUAUCAUUGCUGAAGUUGCUUGGGUUGGCAACGCGGCUUUACUCGUGAAAGAAGUCAAUCGAGCUGCGGAUAAUGGAAGCGUCAUACUCUUCGACCUUCAAAAUGGUGCUAGCAACCACGGUGAGAUCGUCAGAAUCUUGGGAAAGAAUGGAGAGCAAGGCGACGACGGUUGGAUUGACGAGCAACAAACUAUAUAUCCUUUGCCCCCUAGCCUACAAUCGGAUGGCAUUUCGGCUUACCUAGACAUUGUACCUUCUGCUGAAGGAUACAAUCACAUCGCACUAUUCCGUCCUGCAAGUAAUCAUACACCUCAAUUCCUUACAUCGGGAAAGUGGGAGGUGACAGAUACCAUUCUCGGCGUUGACCCUCAUCGCAAUUUGGUGUAUUUCCGAGCUGCAAGCCCUUCUUCUAUAGAACGGCACAUCUACUCUGUCGCAUUACCAUCUGGAAGUUCUGACGAACCUUCCAAACCAAAAGCACUCACGGAUGACAGCACGCCCGGUUAUUAUGGAGCCGAUUUCUCUCCGGAGGCAGGGUUCUACCUGUGGCACUAUCAAGGACCGAGUGUUCCCUGGCAAAAGAUCGUCCAAGUGGACAAGCCUGAUUUCAACUAUGUGCUCACAGAUAACACACAACUCAAUGAGACUAUUGCUCAGUUCGAGACACCUAUCAUCACCUAUUCAACCAUCGAUAGUGAUGGUUACGAACUGAACGUUCGCGAGAUCCGCCCACCACGCAUGGACGAUUCAGGGAAGACCAAGUACCCUGUGUUGUUCCAAGUAUAUGGCGGACCAUUCUCACAAAUGGUCGACCUAAAGUUCAACCUUGACUGGCAUCACUUUGUAGCAUGUUCGCUAAAGUACGUCGUCGUCGUUGUCGAUGGUCGUGGCACGGGAUACAAAGGCAGAAAACUUCGCAAUCCCGUCAAAGAUAAUUUGGGCCAUUGGGAAACGCGUGAUCAGGUCAACGCCGCAAGAAUCUGGGCUGCAAAGGAGUACGUUGACCCCAAACGUAUCGGUAUCUGGGGAUGGUCAUACGGCGGAUUCAUGAGUGCCAAAGUCAUUGAAGCCGAUGCUGGCAUCCACUCCUUAGCUAUGGCUGUCGCGCCGGUCACGAGCUGGAGGCUAUAUGAUUCAAUAUAUACCGAACGGUAUAUGGGUCUUCCACAAGCUAACCCUUCGGGAUACGUCACCGCGUCGAUUUCAAACGUUACAGCCUUCAACAACGUUAACUUCCUAUUAGCCCAUGGUAGCGGGGACGACAACGUUCAUUACGCCAAUUCCGCUCAUUUGCUCGAUAUGUUCACCGCCGCAAAAGUGCGGAACUUCAGAUUCAGGAUGUUUACCGACAGUGAUCAUUCCAUUACUCGACGUGGGGCUUAUCGUGAGCUUUACGAGUUCUUGACCCAGUUCCUGAUCGAGAAAUGGGGCAAGGGCGGGAGACAACGGGGCUGGUAAUUAACGUCGUGCCUACGAGCAAAACAUCUCGAAUGUCUUUAGAAGAAUGCUGCUAUGGCUUUGGCUCUUUAUUCAAUCUUAUACCCCCUGCGUAGCCGUCCAUUUCUACUAAGAUGAUAAUUCCCUUUCUGUGGCUCGAUAAAUCUCUGACACCUGUGGUCAUACACACACACGAUCUCAAGUAUUGUAUGGACAUUCUGUGCUUACUACCAUUUAAGUUACCAGUCACCAAUCAGACUAGCUGUACAGAGCAACCUCAAUGACUCUCAUGCUUCAAGAGCAUUUCGACGGAUAUCGUACUGCGAGGUUGUCAGCACUGACGUUGAAUGUAAUUUUAACUG